AUGAUGCUCGAAGAGAAAUACAUCGGUCUGGCGCUGGCGAUAACAUCCAGUUUAGCCAUCGGUGUUAGUUUUGUUAUAACCAAAAAGGGUCUGCAACAAGCAGAAGAAAGACUGGGCUUCGAGGGCGAUGGAUUCGUGUACCUCAAGAACCCACUUUGGUGGGCUGGCAUAGGAACCUUGGUCCUCGGGGAGAUAUGCAACUUUGCUGCAUACGCUUUCGCACCAGCUAUUCUUGUCACGCCAUUAGGAGCCCUCUCGGUCCUGAUUGGCGCGAUUCUCGGCUCAUACUUCCUCAACGAACUGCUGGGUAUACUCGGCAAGCUCGGUAGCGCAAUAUGCCUGAUAGGCGCCGUCAUCAUCGUGCUCCACGCGCCGCCAGACAAGGAGAUCACUACCAUCGAUGAGAUUCUGAACUACGCCAUCCAGCCAGGCUUCUUGCUCUACGUUUUCUUCGUGACUGUAUAUGCUACCUUUAUGAUCUACUGGGUAGCACCCAAGCACGGCAAGAAGAACCCGCUCAUCUACCUGUCCAUUUGUUCGCUGGUCGGCUCCGUCUCCGUCAUGUCAGUCAAGGCCUUCGGCAUCGCGCUGAAGCUGACCUUCAACGGAAACAACCAAUUCUCUCACCCAUCGACCUAUGUGUUCAUGAUCAUUACCGUCGUCUGUAUCCUGAUUCAGAUGAACUACUUCAACAAGGCACUAAGCCAGUUCCCGACAAACAUUGUCAACCCGCUAUACUACGUCACCUUCACGACCGCAACCCUGUGCGCGUCCUUCAUCCUCUUCAGCGGCUUCAACACCACAGAUCCAGUUGGCACUCUUUCGCUCCUCUGUGGCUUCCUCGUGACUUUCACUGGUGUCUACCUCCUCAACCUCUCGCGCACCGACCCAACGGGGAUGCGCCUGGCCAACGGGCAAGGCGGCGACGACGCGACAGGCACCGACAUGGUUUCAUCGAUCCAGACCCGCAUGAGCAUGGAGGCUCGUCGCAGCCUGAGCCACCGCCGCAUGAGCGCGGGCAGCAGCACGCAUACCGGCGACAGACAGGGUCUCAUGCGGGCCUACGACGAAGAGGAGGCGGCCGGCCUGGGUCUCGGAGACCUCGCAAACGACAGCGACGAAGGUAGCGGCAGCGGCAGUGCAAGCAAUGGUAAGAAGAUGAACGGGAAUGGCGAGCCGAAACGCUACGACGCCUCAAUAGAGCUUCAAACGAGGAGGCAGCCCGAGAGGUAA